AUGGAUUGUAUAAAUAUUAAAUUUGAUGAAGAUAUUAAUUUUCAUCUUUUACGUCAUUGGUCAUUUUAUGAAUCUAUAUGUCAUACACAUGAUAUGAUUAUAUCAUUUAAAUUAUGGUCAACACGUGGUUUAUCACAAUUAAAAGAAUUUCUUGCUGAUUUAGGUAUACCAAAACGUGAAUAUGAACAAAAUUAUCGUGAUAUGAAUGUAAAAUAUAAAUCAAAUAUAAAAAAACAAAUAUUAGAUAAACGUUUACAAGAUAAAUAUCAUUAUACAACAAAUACAAUUAUAUUACCAACAUUUUUAUUAACAAGUGGUUUUUCAUUAAAAUUAUCACCACAAGAUAUUGUUUAUUCAAUAAUGUCAACAUUACAAACAUCAACUUCAACAUCAUCAUCAUCAUCAUCAUCAAUUAUGAUUGAUUUAACAGAACGUUUUUCAUUAGCAUUAUCAUGUUUAAAUUAUAAUCAAUUAAAUUCAUAUUUAAAUGGUAUUGAAUUAGAAAAAAUUUAUCGAAAUAAAAUACAUUAUUUAAUUGAAACAUUAUUACAAUCAGAUAAAAAUUUAACAUUUGAUAAUACAAUACCAUUUAUAUUACUUAAAUUUGAUCAAAAUAUGUUUAAUUCAUCAACAACAACAACAACAACAACAACAAAUGAAAAUAUUAAAUCAUGUGGAUUUUUUACACAUCCAUAUCAAGCAUAUUUAUUUGCACGUAAUGCAUUACAUAUAUUAAUAUCAUAUACAACAUCAUCAACAAAUAUAAUUAAAAAAAAAAAAUCUAAAUAUUUACAACGUUUACCAUUAAUAUUAAUAGCACCAUAUUCAUCAAUGAAUACAGAUGAAGAAUUAAUUGAAAUUGUUGUUGGUGUACCAUCAUUAAAUAAUAUUAUGAUGAAUUCAUUUUCAACAUUAUUUGAAACAGCUGAUCGUCGUUGUGGUAAUGUUGCAAAAUUUGUAUUUUUUGAUCAUUCUGUAUUAUUAUUACAAGAACAACAUCAACAAAAAUUUAUCGAUGCACUUAUGUUUGUACUUGCAAAAUAA